GGCUCAACUAUCACAAUACUGAAAAAUUUAGAAACCGAUAUAACUGAUAUUUAAGGAAUCAAGAACGAUCUAAACGUAAUCAACAGUUGUCAUGAUUACUCCAUUCUUCAGUAUCACCCAAGAUGAUGAAUUCAUUUAUAUAGAUAUUAAGGUAUCACAUAUCCGAUUUAAUGCUAAGAGCAUCGAGUUUACCAUCGAUGAAGAAUUGUUUAUAUUCUCAUUACCACCUUAUUACUUGAGAUUGAGAUUACCAUUUCCAUUAGCAGAUGAUGAAGAAAGAAGUAAUGCUACUUUUGAAGGAGAAUUGAUUAAAGUUAAAGUUCCAAAAUUGACUAAAGGCCAAUUCUUCCAUGAUUUAGACUUGACAUCAAAAUUACUUGCUAGAUCCACUAAUGUUAUAGAUGAUGAUGAGUUGAAAGACACAAAUUCAAUUACUAAGGAUAAAGUUGCCGAAAGUAAGACCAACACUCCAUUAAUUCAAGAGUUGGAUGUCUCAAAUGAGAUAUCUAACACUCGACAAGUUGAAAAGGAUUUCGCUGAAGGAGAGAAGUUCAAUUGGGAAAUUGAGCAGAAAUUACCAGAACCAGAUUCAACAGGCAUAGAUGUUGAUCCUUCCAUACAAGUAACAAAGUCAGUUAAAUAUGGGUUUGACAACCAAUAUGAUAGUAUCAUAGGUGUGUCACAAUCUAAUGGAAAUGAUAUUAACGAGUUGGGUGAUUCAGAACAUACAGCCUAUACCGAUAGAAUAGUAGAAAGAUUGAUUAAAGAGAAUAUUAAAUUUGAUCCUGAGUAUUAUGCUGCAGAUUAUAUAAUGGAGAAGUAUCCAACACCGGAUGAUGAUAAGAUAUAUAAGGAUAUAUUGGAAUGGAAGAAUCCCUUAGUAAGACAAUUCUUAAAAUGGUAUAAAACUGAACAACUGUUACCAGAAAAUGAAAGAACACAAAUAAUGCCAGUUUCCUUCACCAAGGAUGAGCAAGAGAAAAUGUUAAACUUACCAAAGAAAUCAUAUUUAGUAGAGGAUAAAUCACCUUUGUUAUUACUAUUAGUAUCAUUAUUGUUCGCAUAUCAUUUUGAUUUACGUGAAAAUGAAGGGGACCAUAAUAUAGAAAGUGCAUGGACAGCUGGGAAGAUUAUACCUCAAUUUUCUUUCUUGGAUAGUCAAAUUAUAAUCCAAUCUGAUAAUGUUCUUAGAGCAUCUACUAUCACUUUAAUUAGAAGAGCUUUAUCUUAUCCUUAUCAUCGUAAUUAUAACUUGAUAUCAAAGGUUUGGGAUGAUGUAUAUUACAAUUUAAGAGGAGGGAAAAGAUUAGUCUUGAAAGCAUUGCUUGACUUAAAGGAAUUGUUCAGAUUUCAUGAUGUCUAUUAUGUCUAUGAUAAGAUCUGGUUAGAAGAUUUUGUCACCUGGUUUAUAAGUGAUGAUGUAACGGAGGCCAUGAUUAGAAAUUUAGCUCAUGAUUUAAAGAAAGAAUAUAGUACUUUGAGUAAAUCAGAAAUCACAUUUGAGAAGGUUCAAGCUCCUGAAGGAGAUGAAGAUGACGAUGAUGAUGAAGAUUUAGAUCUACAAGAUGAAAAUGAUAAUAUUAUAGCGUUAAAUCUUCGUGAAAUUGAAGCUAUGGCCGAAGAUAUGUACCAACAGCAACAACAAUAAAUAAAUAGAUAGAUAGAUAAGUAAAU